AUGUACCGAAACUUAUAUGACACAGACAAUAUUAUUUAUUCUCCUGAAGGGAGGCUAUAUCAAAUAGAAUAUGCAAAUGAAGCAAUAAAACAGGGAACUUGUGCUGUGGCAGUGAAGUCCAAGGAUUUUGUGGUAGUGUGUGGCUUAAAAAAAUCUAUUAGCAAAUUAUCAUUUCAUCAGGAAAAAUUAUUCAAAAUCGAUGAUCAUAUAGGUGCCACAAUGAGUGGUAUAACAUCCGAUGCUAAGGUAUUAACAAAAUUUAUGAGAAAUGAAUGUUUGACGCAUAAGUUUUUGUUUGAUGAAAAUAUAAAUAUAGAAAAAUUAGUUAGAAAAGUAGCAGAUAAAUAUCAAAAAAACACUCAAAAAAGUAGUAGAAGGGCUUUUGGCGUAGGUUUAAUAAUAGCGGGGUAUUUUAAGGAACCUUAUAUUUUUGAAACUAAACCAAAUGGUUCAUAUUUUGAAUAUAUUGCCUUAUCAUUCGGUGCAAGAUCUCACGCAUCAAAAACUUAUUUAGAAAAAAAUGCUCAUCUAUUUGAAGAAUCAUCGUUAGAGGAUUUAACUAUACAUUGUUUAAAAGCAUUGAGAUGCUCCCUCUCAAAUGAAAAUGAAUUAACUGUUGAUAAUACAUCGCUAGCUGUUGUUGGUAAAGAUAAACCCUGGGAAGAAAUAUCUUCCUUAGAAUUAGUUGAAUAUUUAGCUAAGGUAAAUAUAGAACAGAGAAAUGAACCAAAUCAGGAAGAAGGAAUAAAUGAAAAACAUCAAACAAAUACUCAACAUGAAGAAAAUGAACCAAGUGUGCAAAACGAAUAA